AGUAGAUAUGUGGCGGAUCCUGCUUUAAUGACCAUCACCAAGCCAGAACACUUCGAGGCCAACCCUCAGAGCCAGGCUGGCAGUUGGCCGGUGGCUAAACCUCAGCGCCCAGCACCCCCAGUACAGAAAACACGAAACAGUGGAGGCUGGCUCAGGUGGUUCUUCGGUGAAAAGGAAGAAGUUCCUCAGAUGACAAGGAUACCAGAUGACAAGCCUAAUUCUAUGGUCUGGGAUCAAAACCUGCACAGAUGGGUUGACGCAAGUCCCAUGUCCAAGACUGAGAACAAGCCUGUUCCACCUCCUCCCCCGAUGGGGAUGUAUCUGGGGAACUCUAGUCUCCCCAAAGGAGUGAAUCCUUACUCCAUGAAAGCAGCAGAUCAAGGAAGCCUAGGGGACAGGUAUCCCAAGCUAUUGUACCAUGGUGGGAUCACCACAACGCCUCCAUACCAGGGUCCUGGAUCGCUACCUGCCCAGCAUGCAACACUCAUGGCACCGAUGACUGUGCCAUUCGAUGUUCACAGGCAGAAACUUGGCCCAGGCACUCUACCCUUUUGAGGUUCGACACUGAACAAUCCUUCUGCAACGAUUCAUUUAAUUAGCUUUAAUAUACAUCAACGCUUGGCUGAAGUUGCAGUGAUGUUUAAGCUAUUUAUUUUUGUCUCACAGGUCGUUUUCCAGGAGGGAUCAUUUGAUAUUUCAGCAUUUUAAAAGACAAAAUAAAAUAAGAUUUCGGGCUUUGAAAAGUUAUUAAAAGUCUGUAUGUUCACGUAGCUUUGAUAUGUUUUCCGGCAUCCUUUACAAGCCCAUCACUUGUGCAUUUCUCUAUGUUACAUACUUUACAGAUGGGUAUAUUAUUUAUACAUAUGUUUUUCAAAAUAUAUUUAAAAAAUAAUUCAUCUAUUUCAUAAACAUAAUAUCAAAUGUAAAUAAAGUGCAUUUUAAAUUUUACACCAUAUAUUUCAAUAUAUGACUUUACUGCAGGCCUAGCGUUGUGGGUGGGCCUUAGGGAGCCAUGCUCGCCCUACCGCACCUCCUAGCCCGUCCAAAUAAAAUACAUGGUUGAAUGAAACUUUAC